UCGAAUUUUAUAGAAUGCAUGGAAAAUAUGGAUUAAAAAAUUAAAUCUUUUCUUGAUGAUGAUAAUAAUAAUUUGAAUCGAAACAGAUAAUUUUGAAUGUGAAAGAAAAACAAAAUGUUGCUCCUUCAAACAAGUCAUCGUAUGUUGCAAAAAUCGAUCAUCAAUUCAUCGCUGUUAUAUCGCUUUAUAAUCUGUUCAUCGAUACAAAAAUCAACAACAAAUCGAAAUUUUGCCACAAAAAAUUAUGAUAAAACAAUCAAAUUAAAACCUAUCAAUGUUGAAUAUCGUUAUGAUGAUAGUCAAUUUUUAAAAGGUCCAUCAUGGGCUGAUGAACCAUAUAUUCGGCCAACGGAUGAUGAAAUUGUCGAAUUAACAAGAAUGAAAAUGGAGAAAGAAAUUUCUAAUCAAAUACAUAUGGAAUGUGAUCCAGAAUCAAAACCAUUUAGUCAAGUAUUUGAAGGAAAUGAAGACGAUGGAAUGUUUACUAAAACCGAACGUAUAAUGGAUGAAGAUGGAUCAAUUUGGAAAUGGGUUGAAAGAUUAAUGCCAAAACAAACAUUGGGUCCAUUACGUGAAGGUAGUGAAUUGAUAAUUCCACCAAAAGAACCAUCGAAAGAUCAACAAUAUCAUAUUGGUCGAACACGUUCACGUUUAUAUCCAAUAUAUUUGGAUUAUGUUGUCAUUGAUCGUGAUCAUAAACGUUAUUGGCAAAAUCGUUGGGAUCAUAUGUUCAAUAAAUAUCAUACACAUAUAUUGGAUCGAUUGGAUGAUAUAAAAUGGGAGAAUAAUGAAAAAACUAUUGCCAUUACAAAAGUAAAUCAAAUUCAAGGUAAUAUCUGGCAAUUUGAACAUGAUUGUCGACAAUUCAUUCGUGAACAUUAUAAUCUUGAUCAUGUUAUGUCUGGUGUAAAUGAAGUGUUGGGUUCCGUACAAUUCAAAGGUGAUUUUGUCGAAGGACUGACAGAAUUUUUUCGACAAAAAGGUUUUUGAUUAAAAUUGAUGAAAUUUGAGUUUUGUAAAAAAAAAAUUUAUUCGUCAUC